AGAAAUGGGGUAACUGGCGUUGUCCCUUCUUGGCCCAGAGCGAGUGCCAGGACAAUGGGCGGGAGACUCACCUCGUCUCCAUUCUCAGCGCCGGAGAAAAUAACAUGCUGGCCGACUAUGUCACGCAGCACCCAGAACAGAAUGGGCCCGUCUGGAUCGGACUCUCGGACCCUUCUCAUCAACACUUUUGGAAAUGGACGGAUCGGACCCCGGCCAAAUUCUACAGCUGGGCUCCAGGGCAGCCUGACCCUCCAAGUAAAGGGGAGCACUGCGUGGCGCUGGAAAAACCAGGUUUUAACCAAUGGCACGAUUACCCCUGCAACUGGAAAUUCCCGUUCAUCUGUAAGCAAGAAUCCCGUGGGAGACAUUUCGAUGCAUCUGGGGAGACCUCAGCACCCAGCAGUGAAUUGGGUCCCUCUGGAGAGUGACCCAGAGCUCUCCGGCACCCCUGGGGGACCAGCUCCGGUGCCCCUGGUGCAGGGUCCCUGCUGCAGCACAUCGCUGUGUGACGCUGCCUCCCUCCAGCCCCACCCUGUCCCCCACUCCUGUCGCCCCCACGCUCGGCUCCGCAACCCCAGCGCAGUGAAAUAAACGUCCCCUGAGCAUCCAGCUCUGAGCGUGUCCCUCUCUCUUUCGAAUGCAGAGGGUUGGGCGAUCAGCUGGAUAUCUAAGGUGUUUGUACAGCAAUGCGAGAAGCCUGGGUAACAAACAAGAAGAAUUAGAGGCCCUGGCCCAGUCCAGGAACUAUGAUUUGAUUGGGAUAACAGAGACUUGGUGAAUAGUAAACACCUCGAUAGCUUUCAUCACCAUACAAUUCUGACAGGUGCCACGCCCCUUUCCCGCCCUUCUUCCUACCCUUUCCCCGCCCCUGGUCCCCCUCUCUCCCUGCCCCUUUCCCGUGAUGCCUCCUAAGCCUCCCAUGGGCCCCUCCACCACGCGACUUCCAAAAUGGCGUGAUGGCGUUAUGUUGGACGCACGCUUUCCAGGUCGGGGAAAAUGGAGGCCGGCUUAUCCGUCUAAAAAGAAAAGAAAUAGCAAAAAGGGGGAAAUUGGAAUAAGUGUGGCAGGUUAAAAAGAGAGAGAAGCUGAAGAAAAAGCUAGUGCCAGAGAAAGAAAAGAAAUAGAAGAAAAGGGGAGAGAAACAGAGCAAAGCUAGCACCAGAGACAGAGAAAUUGGGGGGAGGGAAAGAAAAAAGUGGGGGGAGAGAGGGAAACAGGGAGAUGCUAAAAAUACAAGAAGGAAAGGGGAGAGAAAAAGGGGAAAAUGGAAUAAGAGAGGCUGUCUAAAAAGAGAGAGAAACAGAGACUAAAGAAAAGGGAGGAAAGAAAAACACUAGCGGCAGGAUGACCAAUUGGUCGAUCUGACCAAUCAGAGAAGCAGUGUCCAACCCAUCUUUUGGUCUGUCCAAUCAGAAGCACCCACAACCCCCACCGGUCUGUCCAAUCAAAGGCAUCCCACACUUUUAAACUGUCCAGCCAGAAGCACCCCCCCCCAGUUUAUCUAUAAUGUUCUGGAACAAGAUUCAUUCUAUGCCCCCUCCCCACUUAUAUACCAAACAUCCUGCAUUCCAUUUGGCCAGAAGUUUCCUUAUCACCCCACCAUACACACAGGCAUCAACUUGCUUUAAAAUUUCGGAUUAUAACAAGAGAGACAUUUAGGCCUGCUUUAUGGCUGUUCAAAACGUGGCUAUGGAGAGCACCGUGAUGGUAAGAACCUUUUAAUCUGUGCGUAUGGCCAUAUUUUUUCAUGCCCAGCGUUGUCAUGACUUAAAAGUGAAUAACUGCUUUUGGGGAUUACGUCCCUGUCAUUCCCCACUCUGAGCUGUGCAAUUCGUAUAUAAGCCUGUGACUCAGCGACCAGGGAGCUUGCGAACAGGAACAGCUAACGGGGA